AUGAGCACUUUCUCCUACGCGCAAGCCGCCAAGGGCCCCUCUGGAUCACCAGUACCAGCCAAGGCCACUCCCACAGACGUGCAAAGUACCGAACCCAAACCCGAGGAAUCGAGCAACGAUGCUACCGCUACGACGGAAUCAGUGACCCCCGCCUCCGAGAACGAGACACCGAAGGAAGUUGAGAAGCCCACACCGAGCGUGAAUAAGGACGAGGAAUUCACCACCGUCACUAGCAAGACCCGCUCGAAGGCCGUCCACUCGAGAACCUCUUCCCCAAGCGUCCGAUCCACAAAGGAGUCGAAGGAGGGUGAUUCUUCAAAUACCAAUGGCAAGACUGAUGCCUCGUCAGAGAAGAAGUCUCAGGACGCCAAGGCUGAGAAGUCUGAAAAUGGCACCGAGGGAUCCAAGGACAAAUCAGAGAAGUCUGAGAAGACUGAGAAGGCCGACAAGGCCGAGAAGAAUGAGAAGCCUGCUCCCCCCAAGGAGCUGAAGGCCGCGCCUCUUCCCAGCGUGAACAUCUGGCAGCAAAGGAGGGAGGCCCAGGAUGCCAAGGUGAAGAUGCCCGUUACAAAAGCUGCCUCUGCAAAGGCAGAGGAGACUCAACAGGAGUCCUCCAAGUCUAGCUCGAAGAAGAAGGGCACCGAUGGCACAACGGAAGGUUCCAAGGGCGGCAAGAAGUCCGAUGGUAGCAAGGGCCGCGACGAUCUCCCCGCUGUCGCUGACGCCUCAUCAUGGCCUACUCCCGAGGUUGCUCUCGAUGAGGAGAAGAAGAAAGCCCAGGAGAAGACCGACAAGACCGAGAAGUCUGAGAAGAGUCCCGUCAUGCGCACCCACGGCAAGGAGAAGUGGAUGCCCGUGGACUAUGUCCCUACUGCCGUGUUCAACACCCCCCCUCCCCCCAUCUGGUCGUGGAGCUCUGGACAGCCUGCCCAAGGAUCUACUGGCAAGCAAGCCGCUGGAGAGCGUGGCCAACAUGAGGCUGGCCCCAACCGCGCAGCCUCGCUUCCCGCUCAGGCGCGUCGCUCGACCAGCGCUGAUGUCAACGCCCCCGAGGGUCGUAAGGCCCAGCCCGCUGAGCGUGGCCGUGGAGGCCGUGCUGCCGAGGACACCAAUGCCAAUGGAAAGCACACCAACGGUGAGAACGUCGCUCGCCCCCAGAAGCAGUUCGGCAAGAACGGUCAGGCCAACUCAAAGAACCCCAACCUCGCCGUUGAUGCUCAAGCCGCUGCUCGUACCAACGACCGCCGGGCCGAGUCCGGCUCCAAGUCGGCCGACCCCGCUAGCUUCGAGUUCAACCGCGGCGGCCGUGCCAACCGUGGUGGCCGCGGCCCUUUCAACUCUUUCAAUGGUCAGAACUCUCAGUUUGGCAAUGUUGCCAACAACGGUUUUGUUCCCAAGUUUAACGGCGGCUUCAAUGACCGCCAGCGAUCGCACAAUGGUCUCGCCAACGGAUCCCAGCAGGGCAACCGCAUGCCCAUGCGCUCUCCCUCCCUCCCUGCGUCUGGAAACAUGUACAAUGUCUACCCCUUCCCCGCCGAAAUCAACACCAUGUACGGUUACCAGGCUGUUAACCCCGCACCGAUGAGCGCUAUGCCUUACCAGGGAUACAUGGAGCCCUUCACCCUUAUGAACAUGCUCUCCAUGCAGCUCGAAUACUAUUUCUCUGUGGACAACAUGUGCAAGGACAUGUUCUUGCGUCGCCAGAUGGACUCUCAAGGCUUCGUUCCUCUGGGUGUCAUUGCCAGCUUCAAGCGCGUCAAGUCUCUCACUGAAGACUUUGAGCUUAUCCGUCACAUCUCUCGCCAACUCCGAACCGUCGAAUACCAAACCGGCGAGGAUGGUGUGGACCGCCUGCGCCCGAGAGAGAGAUGGGCUCAGUGGAUCUUGCCCUACGACCAGCGCGAGCCCUCUGCCCAGCACGAAGGUGCUGCCCCGGCAGCCCACUCUAGCAAGACUGACGAGAACGUCCCUUUCAACGCCCACGGUCCCAACGGCUCAGUCCCCAACGGAACCCAGCACUUCGUCUCUAACGGCACUAGCCCCCGUGGCUCCCAAUCGCUGUCCUCCACAGCCCCCGAGUUUCAGCCGUCAAUGCCUCAAAAUGAGAUUGCCAAUGUAGGAUACCCCAUGGAUACUCAUCGCUACCCCGCCGAGACGUGCGGACUAGAUCCAAACCCGACGAGCCCACCCUCCAUUUGCUCCGGUCGUGCGGUGUUAGCUAACAGCUUUGAAAGUGUUGAUGACGAUGAUGAAACCAUCCGUCCACCUUCCGUUGUCCGCCAACACCGCAACUCGGCGUGGAAAGGUAAAGCAAAUAAAUCCUACCAAAAGUCCCUUAAUGUCAACAAUUCUUCCGAGCAUUCCUCAUCAAAUCAUGCAUCUGGGGGUCGAACCAACAAGAGACCCCCAAAAUCUGGCCUUCUCACUGGCCCUCCCUAUCACUCAUGGUCAGAUUAUCUGACCCGCACUUUCGACUUGUCAUUGUACAAUGAAUUUCGGCGUACAGCCCUUGAUGAUUUUUUCACACGACACGUCGACUAUGGAUUCAAUGCUCUUAUGUGGUUUUACAAAAGAUAUCUUUACGGUCGCUCUCCUAUUCCUGAGCCGGUUAUCUCAGAUAUUAUUGGCCUGUCUCGGAGUUCACAUUUCAUGCACCAUUCAGCUGUCUAUGAUAUCCUUCGUGCAGCCAUGAGCAGCGGGAAAAUGGAGCAGUCUAACCUGAACAGGACUGGCAUGUUCCUCAACCGUGACCGUCAGUCAAAGCCGGCCUGGCGAGAUCGCGCGCGUUGA